ACGCAAAACAGCUAAAAAGUUCAGUCUUGUUUCUUCUUUCGAUUCGAUCGCACCUCAGCAGCCGUCCGCCGCGGUGUUGGCUAAAUUUCCGUGCGUGUGUGCGCGUUUUUGUGUGUCUGUAUGUGCAUUCCGUUCUAGGAUAAAAAGGGAGAAAAAGCCCACUCUGAUUGAAUUAAGUUCAAUUUAGACCUCAGGCGAAUCAAACACACACGGAAGAGUGUUGGAACUUGGAGGCAACAUCCCAUCUGACCCAGAAUUAGUGAGCCACGACGACUACGGCAGUCAAGAUGAUGUCUUCUUUGGCGCUCCGGUUUGCCCCGCGGUUUGCGGUGGCUUCGUCCUCGUCCCAGAAGGUUAACACCUAUUUCACCUAUUCCAACCAAAUCUCGCAGCCUAUGGACCGAAAACCGACCUACACGACGGCGGAAGAAGCCGUCAAAUGCAUCAAAUCAGGAAACACCGUGUUUGCUUCCGGUGCCGCCGCAACCCCAAUCCAUGUGCUCGAUGCAAUGACCAAGCAUGGCAAGGAUAGCAGCCUGCGUGACAUCACCGUUGUGCACAUGCACACCGAAGGACCGGCCUCCUACUGCGCUCCGGACUGCAAGGAUAUUUUCCGCUCCAAGUCAACGUUCAUGGGAGGAAACGUACGUCAAGCUGUAGCCGAGGGGCGUGGCGAUGCAAUUCCCAUCUUUUUGCAUGAAAUCCCGAUUCUGUUCCGUCGCAAGCUGAUCCAGCCGGAUGUUGCGAUCGUUUCGGUUUCACCUCCGGAUGAGCACGGUUAUGCCACCCUGGGAACCAGCGUCGACUGUGUGCGAGCGGCUCUGGAAAACUCCAAGACAAUCAUUGCCCAGGUGAACAAGCAGAUGCCUCGUACCUUUGGUGAUUCAAUCAUUCACGAGUCGCACUUUGACUAUGCCGUGAACGUGGAUAUUCCUCUGCCGGCGCACGCACACAAAGAAAUGUCCGAGACGGAAACCAAGAUCGGCAAACUGAUUGCCGAAAAUCUGGUCGAGGACGGAGCCACCCUGCAGAUGGGCAUUGGAAACAUUCCGGAUGCGGUGCUAAAUGCCCUGCACAACCACAAGGAUCUUGGAAUUCACUCGGAAAUGUUCGCCGGCGGCGUGGUCGACCUUGUCAACAAAGGUUGCGUUACCAACGACAAAAAGGUUUACCACCGGGGACGCAUCGUCGGGUCCUUCCUGAUCGGUACCAAGAAGCUGUACGACUUUGUCGACAACAAUCCGUUCAUCGAAAUGCUUGAGAUCAACUACGUCAACAACGUAGGCAUCGUAGCGCGCAACCCGAAAAUGACCGCAAUCAACUCGGCCCUCGAGGUCGAUCUGACCGGUCAGGUUUGCGCUGAUUCGAUCGGCACCCGCAUGUACUCCGGAUUCGGUGGCCAGGUCGAUUUCAUUCGCGGCGCUGCGGAAGGUUUCGAUGGCAAGGGCAAGCCCAUCAUCGCGUUGGCCUCCGUUACCAACAAGGGACAGAGCAAGAUUGUCCCAACGCUCAAGCUGGGUGCCGGUGUGGUGACGUCUCGAGCCCAUGUGCAUUAUGUUGUCACCGAGUACGGAAUCGCGUAUCUGUUUGGAAAGACGCUGCGCCAGCGAGCCUACGAGCUAAUUCAGAUUUCCCACCCCGACCAUCGCGAAGCUCUGGAGAAGGCUGCGUUCGAACGAUUGAAGACGAUGCCCACGCCGAACUAAGCGCUCAGCACCCGCCACCUUCCUAUCUAUUGUUUCACGUCAAAGAUACAAUGACAUAUUCGCCUCGUAGUGCUGUUCAAACUGGCGGCGGAACACUAUUCCUACGUUAAACAGUCUUUUUGAGUUUUGACCCACUGAAAUUUAAGAAUGAACUCUUUCGGCAGUUGUUUGCAUGUUUCAAUAUUACAAAAGGUAGAUUAGCGAACCAAUAGGCGUAGGAAUCGAGCAAAAGUUUCCCAAAUAUCAUGCGAGUAGAAGAAAUAAAACGUAGCAAACGCAACAGCUUUACAGCUAAAUACAAACAAAAGAGAACGUGCUUGCAAUAACAUUCAAAUUGACGAGAAGGACAACAACACAUGAUCAACCAUCUAUCUCCAAAACGUGCAUUGCAUAUUUAUAAGGUCGAAAUUAAUCAUAACUAAUGGUAAAGUCUAACUGUAGAUGAGCAGGCACUUGGUUACUGCCUUUGUAGGAUUUUGACAAAACAACAAUACAAGUUAAUACAAUGUA